AUGAAAACUGAUCUUAGAGAGUUUACACUGAAUUCUGCUCUCUUCAGUAAACUGAAGUGGAGUCAGACUGCAGAAUAUAUAAAGAUUCAGGCCAAACACACAGAGCGUCAGAUUAAAGAGCAGUUUGAGAAGCUUCACCAGUUUCUACGAGAUGAAGAGGCAGUCAGGAUCGCUGCACUGAGAGAGGAAGAGGAGCAGAAGAGUCAGAUGAUGAAGGAGAAGAUUGAGAAGCUGAGCAGAGACAUAUCAUCUCUUUCAGACACAAUCAGAGCCAUAGAAGAGGAGAUGAGAGCUGAGGACGUCCUGUUCUUACAAAACUACAAGGCCACAGUGAAAAGAGCCCAGUGUACACUGCAGCAUCCAGAGGAGCUUUCAGGAGCACUGAUCCAUGUGGCACAACAUCUGGCCAACCUGAAGUUCAGAGUCUGGGAGAAGAUGCAGGACACUGUCCAAUACACACCCAUAACUCUGGACCCCAACACUGCCGACCCCUUCCUUAUUCUGUCUGACGAUCUGACCAGUGUGAGAUGCAGUGACAACAUACAAAGGCUUCCUGACAAUCCUGAGAGAUUUGAUGAUUGCUUGUCCAUCCUGGGCUCUGAGGGCUUUAAUUCGGGGACACACUGCUGGGAUGUUGAAAUACAAAAUUGUACAGUCUGGUUUGUUGGUGUGAUGACAGAAUCUGCUCAGAGGCAGGGAGAUAUAUUCUCCAGACAUGGAGUGUGUUGUGUAUGGUAUAAGAAUGGUCAGUAUAAAGCAUGCUCUACACCACACCCAGACUCUCUCCUCUCAAUAGCACAGAAACUCCAGAGGAUCAGAGUGCAGGUGGACUGGGAUGUAGGAGAGUUGUCAUUCAUUGAGCCUCUCACUAACACACAUAUACACACUUUCACACAGAGAUUUAACGAGAAAUUACGGCCAUUUCUUGUUGUGGGUUGUAAAGCGCAUGCUAUAAAAAUCCUCCCACUCCAGUGCUCUGUGAGACUGAAUCAGUUCAGCUGAACCAGGUAUUAUUUUUAAUUAAAUCCUCUGAAUGAAAUGAUUUUCAAUCGU